AUGUAUUGCAUGGCCUUACAAGCAUUUGGAAGUGAGUUAAUGGCAAAUGCGGCAAUGCGUUGCGACCACAAGCAAGCUGAGGAGAAGUGUGCUUUUGUGUCCAUCAGCCAUGAAUUUGGAGAGAGGAAGUCUGUAAGCACAGUUGUCAUCAUUGCUCUAAGGAAAUACCACGCAAAACCACAAAAUGGUAUCGUCAUUUAUAGAUUUCCAGAUUCAUUAUCCUAUUAUGUUGUGCCAACUUCAUAUAGGAACUCAAAAUAA